AAACUAACGAGCAAACAGUUCCGCUUCCGUGCUGCUCCCUCCCCUCUGGCCACACCUGCAGCCUACGCUGUACUUGGGGCAAUCUCGGGUUUGAGGAGCAGCAGCUAGGCAAGAGCCUGACCCACUGAAGGAGAAUCUGCUGAAAGAGGACUGGAACACAACGAGGAGAGAUGAGCAUUUCCUUGGAGCACAAGCCCAUCGGGAAACAGGUCACUGGCAGCCUGCAUACGUUGCCACCAAUCGUGGAGCUGAAUGUCGGUGGGGAGAUGUACACAACGACACUGAGCACCUUGAAGAAACACCCUGGUUCCAAGCUGGCAGAGAUGUUCACCAGCCAGCACAAACUCAGGACAGACUCAAAAGGGAGGAUCUUCAUUGACAGGCCGGGGACCUACUUCAAAUACAUUUUGGAAUAUCUGCGCAGUAACCAGGUGCCCACCCAGUGCAUCCAGGAUGUCUACAAGGAGGCUUUGUUCUAUGACAUCGAACCCUUAAUCAAGCAGCUGGAGGACUCCCCUCAGAUUUUUGGGGAACGUGUGGCAAGGAAGCAGUUCCUGGCCCGUGUGCCCAACUACAGGGAGAACAUUGAGCUGAUGAUCCGCAUCGCACGGGCUGAAGCGGUUGCAUCCCGCUACUCCAACGUCAUCAUAUGUGUUGUCAAAACAGAGGAAGAUGUGGCCAGGUGUCAGGAUGCCUUGAACAGCUUGGACAUGGAUAAAAAAUCCGUGGUGAAAUUUGGCCCCUGGAAGGCAGCUCCAAGUAUUUAUGAUCUACUGGACUGCAUUCAAAUGGACGUGAAAGACAAAGGGUACAAAAUCUCCUUACAUGCUCACGUUGCUGAAAAAGGGUUUCGCUUCAAAUCACAGGAUUUCUUCCACGUAAUCCAGUUCACAUGGUGGUAGCAAACUGCCUUUCUUGAUGGAGAGAAUCACUGGAGAGUGGAAGAAACCAGUUAUCAAAACAAAUGAACUUGGGCUGUGGAGACAAAGCCUUGGACUACUGCAGGGACAGGAAGAAACGUGUGGGCCCGUAAAAGUCUCUUCUUUGGUUAUUUGACAAAUUAAAGAACAUUUGAGAGCAGCUGUUUUGUUGGGCAUUAAGAGUUAACUGUACAAUUUCCAAGGUAUGUGUUUUGAAAUGGGAGCCAGACCUGAAGUUGAGCAAACUGCACUCAACCUAAAAUAAAUGAAUAUGCCAAAUUCUUACGGGCAAAGAAAAUUGGUCUCUCACUAGAAACAGUAAUAAAUUACUACCUCAGAGUCCAGACUUGCUAGUAGGGUUAGGAGCCAUACGUGGAUGUGUCUCGUACUCUGCCUUAUUUUGAGUCAUAAAUACAGAACCCAUUCACCCAAAUCUGCUGUUCUCAGAGCCUUCUCCUCACUGAGUAUUUCUCAUACUGUACGAGUGCAGCAGUCUGGUCAACACAUUUAUUCUAGGUAAAGACAGACAGUGGUCUGUCUAUAAAGCACACAGACUAGCCUUUGAAUGCUAGCUCACAUUUGCAAUGUUGAAAAAAAAAAAAAAAA